AUGGACAAGUCUUUGCUGAUCUGUCUCCUUUUAUUUCCUGGGAUAUGCCUCUCCUCAUUUGUAAGUUUCUUUUUUUUAUAUACAAUCCUGCUGUUUGUACUGUCUACAAAUUCUUAAUCAAUUUGUUCUAGAUAACUCAUGUUAACACUUUGCUUAGUGCAGUAAUACCUAGCCUUUUUUUGAUAGGGACCCGAAUAAUAAGCAUCACCUGAUCUUCACGACUUUUUAAAAUGUUCUCACACAUUCUUCAAAUGUUAUGUGAUAUUUAACACAACUAACUACGUAAAACUCUAGUAUAGUAUUAGCAGUGUCUCAGAGGAACUCCAUUGCACUUAUGAAGGCAAAGUAAUAUAAACUAAUUUAUUGUGAGCAGGUGCAGGUUGUGUCCUUAUCAACAUCAGACCAGGGAUUAUGAAACACUGCUGUAUUGAAUAACCUAAAAAUAUUGUAACCUAAAAUUUUGUCAAUAUACACAGUGCUGGAUUUAGAGCCUAUUGGGGCUUGUGAUGAUGACUGUAAUGGGUCUUAUAUAGAGAAUCAUAUAUUAUUAUUAUUGUUAUUAUUAUUGGCAUUUAUAUAGGGUUAACUUAUUCCGCAGCGCUUUACAAUAGUGUAAAGGUGGAAAUUUAACAAUAAAUUAGACAAUUACAAAAUGUUACUGAAAAAAUAGGUUAAUGAGGACCCUGCUCAAAUGAGUUGGGUCCUAGGGUACCAGACUUAAAUGCUCUAAAACAGUCAUACAUCUCAAGUGUCUAGUAUCUGGUUUGAGUGCUGGAGGGAUAGUCUCCCCUUUCUCUCUUAUUAUCUCUCAACCCAUCUAUCUGCCUGUCUUACAAGUGCCACAGUUCUGAUCUCCUCUCUCUUCUAUCACAAACUUGGAAUCCUCUCUAAUGAGGAGUUUCUUAUCUGCUCCUCUCCUUCCCUUCUUACUAGAACGCAGACACUUGCUCCCGGAAUGCAGGCUGAGACAGAGAAAGAGGUGGAUGUAGUGUAGUGUGUAGAGUUUUUUUUUUUUUUUUAAAUGAAUAAUGUCCCAUAGGGCAUUAUUCUUUAUGUCUUCCCUUCCUGAUCGCUAGUUAGUUUUUAAAAUAAGUAUUACUUACCUGAAAUCCAGCGCCAAGCAAAGGUCCCAGCGCUGCUUUCUACUCCCCCUGCUGAUGUUGCGGCAGCUGACUCGAGGUCCAAUCAAAGAUUCCUCAUAGAGAAGCCUUUGAUUGGACCAUUAAGCCAGCUCAGAGGUAAUGUGUGUGCUUUGAGCAAGCAAGAGGAGGGGGAGAGGGAGGGAGGGAAAGGAGAGAAAAAGAGAGGGAGCCAAAAUAAAGAAUCAAUAGAUGGAAUGGGGGGAGGGCCGCAGGCUGGAAGGGAGGGGACACUAUAUGAAAUGGCUAUAAAGGAGCGCAUGUGUUUUCUCUGAUUCAGCAGAGGCGAAGGAGAGAGAGGGAGAGGAAAGAGCCAAAAAAUAAUCAAUAGAUGGGAUGGGGAGAUGGUAUGGCGGCAUGCAGGGAGAGAUGGGAACAUAAGACUUCCCUUAAUCACAUUAUGUCUGUUGCCAGCUUAUAGUGCAUGAGAUGAGAGAAUAUGAGAACUGAGAAUGGGCAAAAGCUUAGAGAAACUCGGUAGCUUUUCCUUCCACAAUUCCUACUCGGGUUCUGUGCUGCUAAUGUCAUGUGUGCUGGGGAUGCAACUAGCGCCCAGGACACAAUGGCAAAUUAUUCUGUAUUUGCAGUGCUUCAAGCUGAAACACUGCACAUCCAGACUCCUACCACCAUGACCACUUAAAAAAGCAGAAGCAGUCAUGGUGGUUGGAGACCCUAUAGCUAUUUUACAGUCAACCAGUCCACACAAGUUUGUUCCCUUGCAUCCCUCCUAAGUCCCCACACUCAUUUCCCUCUGCAUAACAUUAUAGAGCAAGGGCAUAGUAUGAAUGAAAAAAAACAAAAAAACAUUUUUAAGUAUUAAUGAACCUAUUCCAUAAUCCUGGAACUGCAGCUUCAUUAACCCAUUAACUCAUAUAUUAAUCUGGCCCUGAAGAGAACAGCUAGGAGGCUGCUACCUCUUCUUUGACAAUUACUGCUUUGCUUUUUGCGUAUAGCCCUAUAAUUUCUGGUAUUUGUUCAUUAUACUCCACCAGACAGGGAAAGUGUUUUCACUUUGAAACAAAACAAAGCCAAACAAAUGAGGCCAAUGUGUUGCCAAUUAACAGGAAUCCCGUGUUAGCGGAAGUAUAAUUGACAAGUUUUCAAAUGUUAGAAUUUAAUCACCCUGACAAACAUUUUUUUAAAAUUCAAAAUACACAGCACAAUACUAUUUAACAUUUGUGAAAUUGAUUAGCUAGUGCUGUUUAUUUAGAGCCUUUCCUUAUAUGAAAACAGCAUGGUUUAACUUCUUUGUUAAUUGACUGCUUUAGUUGUUUUGGUAUUAAAAUAAAUAGUGUAAAAUUGUGUUUGGUUAUAUUACUCAGCAGUUACCUGGUGACUUGAAAAUACCAUAGUAAUACAAAAGACAUAACAAUCACAAUAAGGAAAGAACGAAAAAGAUAGAUGACUUCUUAUAUGAGGUGUCUGUGUAUUAUGAUAGCGCCUAACACUCAGGGAUGGAUUUCCCAUUAGUCAGAAUAGGCGCUGUCUGCAGACACAUGUCUGAUGGGGCCACGUUCUCUAUCAGAUAUAGCCCUUUCCCUAUCUCCUGCCCAUUGUCUGCUAUUUGCUGUCCAGAACAGAUGUUCUAGGACUCUGCAAUUACUUUAUUCAGUCUGAAGGAGCCUGAUCUGUGCAUGGCCCCGCCCCUCAGACUGAACAAAUCAAUCUUUUUAUGGCCCGGCCCUCUCAGACUGAACAAAGCAAUCUGUGCAUGGCCCCGCCUUCUCAGACUGAACAAAGCAAUCUGUGCAUGGCCCCGCCCCCUCAGACUGAACAAAGCAACCUGUGCAUGGCCCCGCCCACUCAGACUGAACAAAGCAAUCUGUGCAUGGCCCCGCCCUCUCAGACUGAACAAAGCAAUCUGUGCAUGGCCCCACCCUCUCAGACUGAACAAAGCAAUCUGUGCAUGGCCCCGCCCCCUCAGACUGAACAAAGCAAUCUGUGCAUGGCCACGCCCCCUCAGACUGAACAAAGCAAUCUGUGCAUGGCCCCGCCCCCUCAGACUGAACAAAGCAAUCUUUUCAUGACCCCACCCUCUCAGACUUUUUUUACACAGUAAUCUGUGAAUGGCCCCGCCCCCUCAGACUGAACAAAUCAAUCUUUUCAUGACCCCGCCCUCUCAGACUUUUUUACACAGUAAUCUGUGAAUGGCCCUGCCCCCUCAGACUAAAUAUAACAAUUUCAGGAUGGUGACGGGAGAGGACUGGCCAGGAGAAGGGCCAGAAUGGCACACUCAGAAGUGACAGGUAUACAUUAUUAUUAUUAUUAUUAUUAUUAUUAUUAUUAUUGCCAUUUAUAUAGCGCAAACAGAUUCCGUUGCACUUUACAAUAUUAUGAGAGGGGAAAUUUAACUAUAAAUAGGACAAUUACAAGAAAACUUACAGGAACACUAGGUUGAGGAGGACCCUGCUCAAACGAGCUUACAGACUAUAGGAGGUGGGGUGUAAAACACGUUAAGACAGGAAAUAGCAAUCAAACAAGGUGGAGUGAGGCAGAGCUAGUGGAGAGAGUAGAGUGCUGCCCUUUAGGAGAGAGCAAGAGACAGGUAUGUAAGGUAGAGGUUACUCUGGGAGGCCAUAAUCUUUCCUAAAGAGGUGUGUUUUAAGGCCCUUCUUAAACGAUUGAAGACUAGGGGAGAGUCUGAUGGCGGUAGGCAGGCUAUUCCAUAGGAAGGGAGCCGCCCGCGUGAAGCCCUGCAAGCGUGAGUUGGCCUUACGGGUGCGAGCAGCGGACAGGAGAAGGUCAUGGGCAAAGCGGAGAGACCGAGAAAGGGCAUGGAUCUGUGAAGAGAUAUAAGAGGGACUAAGGGGCUAAAAUUGGUCAAUGCUUUAUAGGUGUGGUUUAGUACCUUGAACUGACUCCUAUAGGAUACAGGAAGCCAAUGUAAGGACUGAUAGAGGGGUGAGGUGUGAGAGGAUCGACUAGAGAGGAAAAUCAGUCUGGCGGCAGCAUUCAUUACAGACUAUAGCGGAGCAGUACGGUUUUUGGGAAGACGAAUUAGGAGAGGGUUACAAAAAUCCACGCGGGAAAUUACUAGAGCAUGGACAAGCUCCUUAGUAGCAUCUUGUAUAAGAAAGGGGCAGAUGCGGGCAAUGUUUUUAAGAUGGUAUCUACAGGAUUUGAUAACAUACUGGAUGUGAGGCUCAAAGGUAAGGCCAGAAUCAAAUAUGACGCCAAGACAGCGCGCUUGCAGGGAUGGACUUGUGGGGAUACCACUAACUUGAAGGGAGAGCGAAUGAGGAGUAUCAGUAUUAGGAGGAGGAAAGACAAGGAGCUCAGUUUUAGAGAGAUUGAGUUUCAGAAAGUAGGAGGAUGUCCAAAGAUGGAAGAAAGGCAAGAAGUGACACGUUGCAGGACGGCAUGAGAGAGGUCCGGAGAGGAGAGGUAUAUCUGGGUGUCAUCAGCGUACAGGUGGUAGUGGAAUCCAAAUGAGGUAAUAAGUUUGCCAAGAGAGGCAGUAUAAAGAGAAAAUUGAAGGGGACCAAGGACAGAGCCUUGGGGGACUCAAAGCAAGACAGGACGAGGGAAGGAGGUAUCAUUAGAAGAGGAGACACUGAAAGAGCAUUUGGAGAGAAAAGAGGAAAUCCAUGAGAGGACAGAGUCACAGAGACUGAGUAAUUGAAGAGUUUGAAGAAGGAGAGCAUGAUCAACGGUGUCAAAGGCAGCAGAGAGGUCAAGAAGAAUUAGUAUGGAGCAGUGGCCUUUGGAUUAUAUGUACGUGUAUAUAUACUGCGUGUAUGCACAUACAUAUAUACAUAUAUAUUUGUGUAAGGGGCAAUUUAGCCGUAUAUGGAGUAGGUUCAAGUGAGAACGUAAGAUAGUAUAAACGAGCAAAGUCGGUUGUGGUGUGCCGAUACCGACGAUACGGUAGGUCUGUAAAUAAAGAGGGCCCACCAAGAAGAAAUAAAGUAAGAUAGAAUUGAAAAAAGAAAGUGUUGUAAAAGAGGAGUGGGUGGGAGGGUCAUUCAGACGCUGACCUUGAACGGUGUGGAGUCAGGUAAGGGUUGUACCUUAUAUAGGGGAGUGAAUUAAUUCCAGCCCCUUCCACAAAUACAGGCCAAACGGCCUUAACACUUCUGUAAGGGGCAAUUUAGCCGUAUAUGGAGUAGGUUCAAGUGAGAACGUAAGAUAGUAUAAACGAGCAAAGUCAGUUGUGGUGUGCCGAUACCGACGAUACGGUAGGCCUGUAAAUAUAGAGGGCAAAAAUUGAAUAACCGAAUAUUUAAUACAGUCAACAAUUUCAUACAAUUAUCCAGACAUUUCUUUAAAAGCCUUCUUGUGUAGGUUUUGGUAUGUAGGUUGUGUAGGCGGAUGACUUCCACCGCCCUAAUGACUUAAUGAUAUGCACUGGUAUGUUUGCGCUGGAAGCUGUGGAAGCCGCCCCUAUGUGAAAGGAGUGACCUGAGUAGAGUGAACGGUUAAGACCUAGCCUGGUUAACAGAGAUCUGAUGUAUCGCAUGAAAGUCGUAGUAGUGAGUACAGAGCUUUUGAGUGAAAAUAGGUGUAGCAAUGGUGUUGAUGAGGUAAGUGAAAGGUAGGAAUCCAGCGUUGUUACUGGAUGGUGUGUGUUGGCUUGUUUUUGACUGAGGUAGAGACAGUAUGUAGUGAUCCAUGUGUUUGCGUAGGUGUGUGCGUAGAAGACAUCUGUCUUUUUGAGUGGUGGUGAUAGUAGUGAAUUCCCUUGGCCUGAGGAACCCAUAGAAUGCUAUGUACAUGGCAGCUUUGAUGACUGCGUUGGUAGUAGAGUGGAAAGGUUUGGAGUCUAAUAGGUAGGAUAAUGACUGGAAAAGUGUGUUAUCUAUAGGUAAUCUCUGUGGAAGAGGUGGAGGAACGGAUUUCUGAAUACCUCUAAGUAUAUUCUUUACCUGAUAAGAUGACAUGAAACUAUGUGUAUUGGGUUGUAGAGUUACCAUAUGAUGUUGAAUGCCUGUCAGAUAUAAUUUGAUUGUGUUGUAAGAUAAAUGUAAUGUAAGGUGGCAAAAAGAAGCAAAGGCUAUAAUAGAUGUCAUGACGAAAGGAUGAGUUAUGUCGUGGUCGGAUAGGAAUCUUGUGAAAAGUGUGAAGGCUCUGUUGUAUGCUUUGUGAGUGUUGGAUGAUAGUGCAAGUUUGGACAGAACCCUGCUAUGUUGCAUGAUUAUUUCUAGUCCAUGGUUAGCUGCUGGAACGGAGGGGCGGCUGUGGCUGUAAGUGCUGCUGACGGAAGUGCUUGCUGAAAAGCCUGAAAGUUGAAACGAGACAGACAGUCAGCUGCUAUGUUAGUAAUGCCUGGUAUAUAAAAGCAGACCAAGUAAAAAUUGUGACAUGCUGCUAACCACGUGAGCUUCCUGAGAAAUCUCAUAAUUGUUAGGGAUGAUGAACGGCCUUUGUUAAUGAUGUGACAUGUUGCUUGGUUGUCUGUGUGGCAACGGACUGAUAAGCCUGACCAUAAAUGUCCCCAUGCCAUGGCAGCUGCUACAAUGGGAUAAAUCUCAAAAAGAGCUGAGGUUGUAAAAAAGCCUUCUAAGUCAUAGAUUUCUUCAGGCCACUUACCCCAAAGCCAUUUGUUCCCAAAGAUUGCUGCGAAACCUGUGGUAGACGCUGCGUCUGACCGUAUUGUUGGAGACGUGUCAGUCAACUCUGGUAGGAACAAGCUUUUACCAUUCCAGGUGGUCAAGAAUUCUUUCCACAUAUAUAGGUCUGCCGUGGCAUGCGCAUCCAAGGAUAGUCUAUAGUUGUCGUGUUUGAAAUGUGGAAAAAGACAGAGAAGUCUGGAUAUGAAAGCCCGCCCUUGAGGAAUGAUGCGCAUGGCAAAGUUCAAAGAACCUAUGAGGGAUUGUAGUUCCUUGCGGUUGCAAUUACCCAGCAAAAUGUAAUGGUUAAUGAUGUCAAGUAUGUUUGUGAUUUUCUCUUGUGGUAAACUAGCUUACAUGGAGGCAGAGUCUAGUUGUAUACCUAGAAAUGUAAUAAUUGUAUCUGGGCCUUCGGUUUUCUUGUUGGAUACCGGGACUCCAAGGUGGUCAAACAAACUAAUAGUUGCUUUGAGACUCCUGGGGGGAAGGGAGUUUGCUUCAAUCAGUAAGAAAUCAUCAAGAUAAUGGAUGACUAUGGGGCAUCUAGACACAUUAAGUAACAACCAGCAAAGUGUUUCAGCAAAAGUGUCGAAGAUUUUGGGGCUACUUUUUGACCCAAAGGUUAAGCGGGAGAAAAAGUAAUAGUAAUCUGCCCAUUUGAUGCCAUGUAAGUGCCAUAGUGUGGGAUGGAUAGGUAGUAGUUUAAAGGCAUUGGUAAUGUCUGUCUUACUUAGCCAUGCUCCAAUCCCUGCUUGCAUAAUGGCUGUAAUAGCAUGGUCUAUAGUGGCAUAUUGUAGGGAAAACUCUUCGGAGGGAAUAAGAGAGUUCAGACUCGGUGUAGAUGAGGUAUGAGGGGCCGACAGAUCUAUGAUGAGUCUUUGCUUGAGGGAAGUUUUCCCUGUGACUAUCCCUAUGGGAUUUCUGCACAAGCCGUAAAAGGUGGGAUUUUGAAAGGCCCGAACAAGAACCCCUCUGCCAGCUCUUGGGCUAAGAGUGUGUCUAUGGCUGCUGGGUUUUGUUGUGCUGAUUGUAAAUUAGGACAUUCGAGUUGGCCUGUGGGCAUAUGUAUAAUGCCUGUAUGAAACCCCUCUGAGAAUCCAGAAAUAAGAAAAUUUACCAUAUGUCUGGAAGGGUGAUUGGUUAGUAGUGCUGAGAAGACAUGAAUGUUAACAGACGUUAGGUACGGUUUAGGAUACAUUUUAUUUGGACACAUGGUAUGCACAUGUGUCCUGAAACAAUGUGAACAAAUAUGCAAUAACCUGCAUGCACUAAAGCUACAUGUGCCCACAUUGAAAUUAUUGCACACUUGUGAUUUACCAAAGAAAAUGAUAGGACGACCCAGUUUGUCUCUGGUGGUUUGAGACCUGCGAAGUGUCUACAAAACAGCUCUGUAUCUAGUCUGCUCCAGUUGAUACGGGUACCAUACUGAGAGAGAGCUCCAGACACCUUAGUGGAAAAAGACCUAUGGUAGUCAUAAAAAGCAGAUCCACCAUAUUUGUUCCCCAGGUCCACCAGCUUGUGCAUAUAGCGAUCAAAUUCUUCCCUUCUAUUAGGGUACACUUCACAAAUUACAUCUCUAAAAAUACCAAAGGCUAACACAAAUUCUGAAAUGGUCAGUUUACGGUUUAACCUUGCGUCUUUUGAUCUGACCACUACAGAAACUUCAUCAUACAUAUAGGUUUUGUUCUCCACCACAUCCUGGUAGGCAAUUAGUAGGGAUGCCAGGUUGACGUCUUUGCCUUCCAGGAUGUCCCUCUUAAUGUGGGCUGGGAUAGUGUAUGCAGGGUCAACGUCCUGAUAAUCUGAGGAGAUAACCAUACCCGUGGCCCGUGGUUCGGUUGGUGCCUGCUGAGCAGUAUCAGGAAGACCAGCCUUGGUGAGGGCUGUGGUGACUGCCUCGAGAUUAGCCAGUCUGUCAUUGACCUUGCCCAUAGAGGUCAUGAGUGAGGCCAGCAUAGCCUGGAUAUCACCUGAAUUGGUGUUGCUGGGGCCUUCCCCUGCUUCCGUGUUGUCGAUUGUAGUGUUAAGGAGUUUGAAUAGCUCCGCUUUCCUUGCUGUGGCAGGGUAAGGGAUUUGUCGCCUCCUUAACUCCGUGGUGAUACGUGGGAUCGUCCAUGAUCUGAUUGAUGCUGGACUGGCAAUGUCUCCUCUACGAGAGGGUGUCUCGACCCUAGUUGGGGUGGCAUGAAGAGAUAGCUCUUCAUCACCUUCAAGAGACAUACUUAAAUAAAAGGAAAGAGAUUUAUUAUUUGAACUUAUUAGUUUAGUACUGGCUACUAGCUAUGCCGUGAGGCGAAACCAUUAUGCUUAUUGUUUAUUGGUGACAGGUGAGGCCCUGCUAGUUGCCAAGCGGCUUGAGAGGCUCUAUCUAUGGUUGGCGCGAGGGGAUUGUUGUGGCCACCAAACAUUGUGGCAGGAUGUCGGCCUCUCGGUGCCUGUAACCAGAAAAUAGGAAAGGGAGUGACAGGUGAGGCCCUCUCUAUGAAACUUUCGAGGCGGCUAGCUCACAUGUGGCCCGAGGGGUGUUUGCUUCCGAAUUUGAAGCGGGGUGUUGACCCUAAUUACCAGUACUUGUCUGUCCUGUGGGGGAUUUUGAAUAGGUCUACUGUAAGCAGGUGUACGUACCUGGUAGUAUAGGUUAUUGAACCUGGUAAUCUGUAUAGGUAAUAGUAGUACCUGUAACUAAAUAGAUGAACCGUACAAGUGACACAGUUAUAUUAUCUUUAAUUAUGUUUGUAUUGACCUGUAUAGGUCAGGAGAUGGUGUUUGUAAGAUCUCCUUAAUUCUGUAUGUCGCCUUGUAGUUGGUAGGCAAAUGUAGUAGUAAAGGCAAAUGUAGAAAUGUAUAUAAAACCCCCUAGGGAAAAGUAUGAUAUAUCUGUGAGAUUAUGUAUGGCGUACAGGAAAGUAAUGUGAUAUUACAAUAAUGGCAAUAUCCUUGCUGACCUGAAGGUGGCAGUGUGGAAUCUUUAACCAUGUGAAUACCCAUAUGUGUAACUGGGACCUAUUUGUUAACCCAUUCGUGAGUGUAGUUCUCAACAUGUAACAUUUAAGCAAUAAUUCUUUAUUCCCAACAAUUGUCCGUUCGUGUGUUUAACCGUACGAACUGGACAACAUAAGACUAGCAGGGUUUGAUUUGCUAUGGCCGGACGGCUGCCCAGUCGGCAGUGCUAGUUUAUAUGUGAAUAUUGUUCGUGCGAUGUGAAAGUCCCGAACAGUAAGUGACAGGAGAAUCAGUAGCAUUAAUUGUAUAGCGUGUUUGUGCGUUUUGACCACACGAACGUAGACAUGUAUGCGAAAAUGUUUAAGCAAUUAAUUAAAUGGGAGAAAUAUGCAGCGCAUCAUAUUAAGUACCGAACAUCUAACGAAAAAUGCUGUGUAAGCGAACAGCUGAACCCAGAUGGAUAUGGUAUACAGAUUUUAAGUGCAGAAAUAGCCGAACGCGUACAGUAAGUGAGGACCUGAACCGUAUUGGAUGCCGUGGGCCUUGUUGCCUGGCGUAACGGUUAGGUCUACUUACUGUUUGAUAGUCACUAGGGCGCGAUAGUAGGCAAGAAGUUGAUCCAAAGGAAAUCUGCAGAAGGAUUCCUGGACACAGUUCAGCGAUGGAAAACCUCGUGGGACACAGAGGUAUUCCAAAAUGGCGACUGGAUGAACCGGAAGUGCAUUCAGACGCUGACCUUGAACGGUGUGGAGUCAGGUAAGGGUUGUACCUUAUAUAGGGGAGUGAAUUAAUUCCAGUCCCUUCCACAAAUACAGGCCAAACGGCCUUAACACAUAUGCACAUUACUACAAAUCACAUGAAUUAAGUGAAACUAUUUUUUACCCUUUUAAGCAUACACACUCUCACUGACCCAUACACACUCUUUGGCACACACUCUCACUGACACCCCCUCUCAGAUACACACUCACUGACAUACACACUCACUGACAGACAUACUCACUGACAAACACACACUCACUGACAGCACACUCUCACUGAUUUGACACACACUGACAGACAUACUCUCAUUUAUAUUGCAAAGGUAAAGAUGAUAUGCACACUAUCCGGGAAGUACUCCCAUGAGGGUGCUCCAGACCGGCAGGGACACAAAUCCAGGAAAGAUUCAAUAGAACAAUGUAGAUCAUGGCACACUUGGUGGUUUCUUCAGUAGGCAGCUGUAUUAUAAAGAGCAGAACAAAAAACGUUUUUGUGCUGCACUUUAUAAUAAAGCUACCUACUUAAGAAAUCACCAGGUGUGCCCUGGUCUACAUUGUUCUAUUGAGACACACGCUGACAGACACAUACUCUCAUUGAUACUGACACACACACACAUUCACAUUCUCUCACACACUACACUCACAAAUUAUUAUAUAUUUUUAUUUUAAUUUAAGUCCACCCAGCCUCCCUACUUUUGGGAGAGCUAAAGUGGAUUCUUUCCCUGGGGUUCAGUGGGGAUGCUGUGAGUCUGUAAUUUUCAUUCUCUUCUUGCUCUGCUCCCUUUCGCGCCAUUUAGAGAAGCAAGUCAUAUUCUGGCUCCCGCCACCACCAUUGCAGGGCGCCCUAGGGAGCAUGAAGAUGACAGCUUCCUUACUGCCCACCUCCAUUGUGCAGAACUGCCUGCCUUCUGGGUGCCCUAAGGUGGCCAACUGACCAGCUCUUGGGCCCAACAUAACAGGGGGAACACAGAGGGUCUGGUUGCACUUCUAACCUCAGCGACUUCUAUAGUUCUACCACUGCAUACCUCCCAUAUGUAACCAGGAUUAGUGGACGGGCCUUCAUGGGAACAUCGCCAGUGACGGAAGUUGCGUGACUGGUGACACCUAUUAUGGGCAAGCAAGUCCACUGAUGGGUCAUGUCAGCCUAGUGUCAAGCUGACAGACAUCCAAUUGGCUGGAUAACCUCUGAGCUCUCUCCAUAGUCCCAAUGCUCGAGUUCAUUUCAUGAUGAGUUUGUGCGGUGGUACUCAGGGAAAGUUCCCUUAUGUCUCCAAAUGACGAAAACCAGGAAACAAAUCUAAAGGCCAAGACAAAGCCCAAAAUUGAGACUUUCCCGCCAAAAGUGGGAUAGUUGGAACCCUCCUACCCUCCUAUGCACACAUAUGUAAUGCUACCCACACUGUUCUACACACGCUGCUAGUGGACUGGACUAGUGCUCACUUGCAUGCUACACAAACACACAUAUACACAGAAAUGCCUACACACAUAGACCUCCACUCAGACAUUUACACUACACACACAUACUUACUCUAUAAGUGUGUGUAGUAUAUAGAAUAAUUUUAUUAUAUUUAAAGGGUAAAAUAUCUUUUAAUUUCUUUGGAAGUGAGGGGCGAAGGGGGGCGCUUGAGAAUUCUGUGCCUAAAAGCGCUUGUGAUGUAAAUCCAGCCCAGCUAACACUUUAUAUAAUGCUACUGUGCUGCUUACCUGCUCACCCUCUCUUGGAAAAGAAACUGAACUUCCAGUUAAUAGAUGUUCUUGGAAACAAUUGUAACAUAAAUCAUAUGUUCCUAUUAACACAUGUGCUUUUGCUGUUAGCAGAUGUCUUUUCUACAUGUAAAAAUGAAAAUUUAUCAUCCGGAAAACACGCAGAGUGUUAGCAAAUUCUUUAAUCAACUCACUAGUUGUAAAUCCAGGUCUUGUCAGCAAGCCCAGACACGAAUGACCCUUUAACUUGCUCAUCAGUGGUAUCUAAAUUAUUUAAAGACACACUACAGGCACCAUAAGCGCUAAAGCCUGCUGAAGGGGUUAUGGUGUCAGGAGUGCCCUGGUGCACCCCCAUUAUAAAGAGUUAAUUUGCUUUAAAAUCGAUUGACUUAUUACCUGUGUCUGCAGAGUGCCUCACACUGCCUCCACCACUUUUUGAUGGAGAGCCAAAAGCCGGUGCAGGGCUUAGCUCAUUGGCUGAAAGCAAUCAGCUGAUGUCUCACUCAUUGAGCUAGUCUUGCAUUGUACUGUUUAGCUCAGGACAGCUAAUGGUAACCACUGGUUAGAAACUUCCGGCUUUACAUUAUCAGUAGUGCUGUAAUGUUUAUGGUGAUUGGUAUGUUAAAUUAGAAGAGGAAUGGUGACAUCAUGAAUUCAAUUUAAUUCAUUAGAUUAACAGAAUCAACUAUAUAUUUUCACAGUAGCCCAUAGUGAGAUUGUGAGGUCUGACAAGUAUGGGUAUGUAGGUUUAUUCACUAAACCGAGAGCUGGCAAAGUCAACCUGGCUGUAAUUGAAAUGCUGCCUAUGGCCCCCUGGCACAACCAUGGAUUUAAUGGAUCAAACCAUUUAAGAACAGUUUUAUAUAAACCGAGGAUCUUCUUAGGACUGAGAGACCACCCUACCUCAGCUACACUGAUAUUCUAAAAUUAGUACUAUUAUCAGUGAUUUCAUGCAAUCUGGAUGGCAUUAUUUGAUUGCGAGUAGUGAAGUAUAGUUAAGCCAGCACUCUCAGCCAAUCAAAGUAAUUCAGGUUGGAUGAAAUUGAUACUAGUAAUGAGGAAAUGUAAUGUUCACUUUAUCAAGUAACUGAGGUAAGGGAAGUCCCUCAACACCAAGAAGACUAUAAUUAAACUGUUCUUACACAGAUACACUGAUGUUCCAGGGAACUCUAGACUGCAUAACCAUUACAACAAGCUGCAGUAAUUAUGUUGCUUGUAGUGCCCUCAACCAUUAUCUUGGAGAGUACUCAAAUGUAAUUAUGCCUCUUAUAUUUCAUCUUUCAUGGGUAUCUAGAAUGGUGGCUUUACCAAUAUUGUAUUACAUUAUUGUGAACGCGUAUAGCAGAGAACUCAGUUUGGGUCUAUUUAAGCUGUUCUAUUUGUUUUGUUCCUGUCAGCGGAAUAUUCAAGUGCUAAAAUCCAGUCAUAGUAGUUAACAGGGAAACUCUUCAAAUAAACAAGAUGUAAAAUUAGAAGCCGAAGCACACGUUUCCCAUCUUGAUGCAUCAAAAGGCUUCUUUGUCAAAGGGUGCAUAUGGCAGCCAAUUGAUUGUUUAUCUAUUCUCAGAAAAACUUUGUUAUAUGGGGAUUGUGGAGACACCUCCAGGAAAGGUUUCUGCUGUAAAAAGAGGGUAAUAUUUCUCUUCAAAUCACAGAUGAUAAAACAAUAAUCUGUAGCUUUCUGGAUAGCUUGUGAAUUACAUUUGAAGAAGCAUUGCCAUCAUAGAGAAAUAUAAGGAUGCUGAACUGGAUUCCCAUUAGUUAAGGAAAUUGUAGCUAUUGGCUGCUGCUUUGUUCAAUCUUAGAGUCACUCCAAGCUCCUCCAACAUAGUGCCCUGUACACACUCUCAGUUGUGAGGGUAACUUAUAACUGCAGUGAUUUGUAAAAGUUACUGCAGCUACAGAGUGCUGUCACCAGACAAAUUAUAUUUUACAGACUGCCUGUGUCAAUGUCCAAAGAGUGUGAGAGGUAUGCAUCAUUAGUAGAUAUUAAACCUGGACAUGGAUGGGGAAUUGCCAGUGACACAAUGUCCAGGGAAUAUAAAUCUGAUGUGAAUGUGUGCCAGGUUGACUGCCCAUCACACUACAUAUGUGCAGAGCACUGUCAAAGCACUCUGCCCAUGGGCUCAAUGCUCCAAGUACAGUUUGCACAACAGAAUCUAAUGGUGCACCUGUCUUGCAAAGACUUCUCAUUGAAUGCAUUGGGAAGUCUGUGAUUGGACAGUCACAGAAAGUAUGGGUGGGAUUAGGAGGGCAGGGCUUCCAAAAACUGCAGGCAAUAGAUCUGCAGGUUUUGCAAACUUAGAUACAAGUCCAGUGAAAAAAAAAGAAGAAUUAAAUGCAUGCAUCUUUUCAUUGGGGGUAUAUUUACUAAACAGUGAUUGUUUUAUUUAUUUAUUUAUUUUCAAUUUGGGCAGUGAAUUGUCCCUUUAAAUACUCUUCCCAGAGUGCAGAAUAUUUAAGAGUGCAGGUGUGUUGUAGAACACUCCAGUCACUGUAUUAAUUACAGCCUGUUCUAGUGGUUAUUAUUCCAGGUGUGCCCUGGCAACCUCCCUGUGUACAUAUCAAAACUGUUUGCAAAUUAUUUCACAACUUUCCUGGUAUUCACUCGUUGCCUUCAUGUCUAUAGCUGCAAGGAGUUCCUGCAAGGAGUUUACAUUAGCUUUAAAGGGACACUGUAGUCACCAAAACAACUUUAGAUUAUUGAAGCAGUUUUGGUGUAUAGAUCAUUUCUCAAUUCUCUGCCAUUUAGGAGUUAAAUCACUUUAUUUAUGCACCCUAGUCACACCUCCCUGCAUGUGACUUGCACAGCCUUCCUAAACACUUCCUGUCAAGAGUUAUAUAAUGUUUAUACUUACUUCAUUGCAAAUUCUUUUUAAUUUAAAAUAUAUUAUCCCCUGCACUGUUGAUAGCUUGCUAGACCCCCCAGAAGCAUUCUGUGUAUGAUUAAAGUUCACUUUCGAGAGCAGGCAAUAAGAACUUUUAAAGUAAGUUACAUCUAAUUGAAAGUGAAACCAUUUUUUUUUUUCAUGCAUGGUGCGUGAGUAACAGCCAGGGAAGGUAUGACUAGGGCUGCAUAGACAUAAACAAAAUGGAUUUAACUCCUAAAUUGCAGAGAUUUGAGCAGUGAGACUACAGGAUCAUGAUCUAUACACUAAAACUGCUUGCUAAAGCUAAAGUUGUUUUGGUGACUAUAGUGUCCCUUUAAUGAGCUAAGCCUCGCUAAUUGAGAAUGCUCUCAGCCAAUAAAUGCCUCUCUGCCUCACUCUGCUUAGCUAAUUUAGCUUAGCUGAGGAGCCGGCCCUUAUCUGGAUGGAUUCUAGGUUAGUUAUCAAACCAUUAGCAAACUUUGACAACUUAUGUUGGGAGGGCACUAAGGCAUUCCUGACACUGUAACCACUACAGACUGGUGCUUUGCGUGUUCCUUUAAAGGGAAACAAUAGUGCUUGGAAUACAAAGUUGUAUUCCUAGCACUAUAGUACUCUCUGCUGCCCUCCCCCUUUCGGCCACCCCCCUGCUCCGAAAGUGUUAAAAACCAUGUUGUCACUUACCUUAUUCCAGUGCUGAUAUCCCUCGGCACUGGGUUAGGCUCUGCCUGCGCUGCUCCUCCAACGAUGUCAGCCAACAGGAGGCACCUAAUGCGCAUGGCGAGCGUCAUGAUCGCAUUAAGAGUUCCGCAUAGGAAAGCAUUAAAUCAAUGCUUUUCUAUGUGGUUUUAGCUGACGAUGGAAGUCCUGUUUGGUAGACAACCACUAGAGUUGGAGAGAAACCCUGCAAGGUAAUUAUUUCAGUUUCUCAAUAACUGCAAUAAUUACAGUUGCAGGAUUAAGGGGACGCGGGCACUGCACUCAGACCACUUUAAUAAACUGGUGGAAGUGGAUGAAAUAAGUAAGGAUGUUUAUACCUUCCUGUUGUGUAGAUGCUGACAAUCGUUUUUUCACUAAAUAAAAAUAAUUGAAACUUCCUCAACACAGUGCUGUGAUGAUGACAUACUCGUUGGCUGGGAUUCAUUGAGUUUUCCCUCUUGACAAUUUUUUAAUUUGUUUUUUAGAUGCUUUUAGCUCAGAAUGAACUUUUUGAUAUCUGGGUGUUUUUAAUUAUUUAACACCAACGUGCUUUACUCUUCAAUAAAACUAGUUCACUAGUAAACACAGGGGGUUAUACUCUAUGUACAGAAAUUAUAAUCUCAGUUGUAGCGAGUGUGAGGUUUAUAAAAAGAAAGAUCCAGUUAUCUGUAAAUGUUACUGCAUCAUAGAUGCCAUUUGUAUCCAAAUAUAGUUCAUCUUCAACACAAACAUAAAUAGCUACAGAAUCAUAACGUGACAAUAUUGGUAACUACUAACUGCCACUGACUCUACAAGAUUUACCCCCACGCUGGGCCUUGUUGCUUGACUCUGAGAUGUAUCAUUCAACCUAUUUGGGAUGACUUCGAGUGCAGCCUGGGUGAUGGAUUCAUGUAGGAAUAGCAGUUCUUGAUUUUAAUUGGUUGGAUUUCUCUUAAUGUAUCCAUUCUACAUGCUGCUUGGCAGCCCUCUUCAUAUAGCUCUCAACAGCACAUGGUAUUUAUAGCUAACUGGGAAAAUAUCAGACUCCAGCGCUGUCCCACAUAAAGAACUUUGUUAUACAUAUUACGAAAGAGCACCUUUAAAUCUGCUACCAAACUCCUAGCAAACAUAUAGAUUAGCAGAUUUUUUGAAAAAGUCAAUACUUACCUUCUGUCUGAUUCUGGUGUCAAAGAACUAGAUUUCACAUGAGGGGAAAGGAAAUGUGGAGUAAUGUAAAUAAUCAGCUUUAGUAGAAAAGGAAGAAAAAAAUUAAAACAUGACAAGAAAGCGGGAAAAUGUAAUUUCUAGUAUACUACAAUAAGCAAAAUGUUUUACUAAGUAUGGUUUAUUGUUGUUUCUGCAUUUCUGUUAUCUGUAUGACAAUUUAUAUUAUUAGGAAGCUGAUGUGGAGGAAGAACCUCUCUUUACUACUACUGCCCCAACAACACCUUUUAUGUGUAAUACAAAGCCAGGAGACUCUGGUGUCUUAGAUUCCACCUCCGACAGUUGGUCAGAUAUUCACCCAUGGCACACAACUACAGUUCCAACAACUACAACCACUACAGAGAGUACCGCACAAGAGGAAAAAGAUGAUGAAGAUACUGAGACAGUGGAAGAAAAAUCAGAUGAAGCUGAAGACUUAAAUGACCUUGAGAAUCAGGAUAAUGAAUGUACUCAAGAUGCAACUCCAGAGGACAUACAGAAGUUCUCACAAGCAGUAAUGGAUUUCAGUGUUGACCUCUUAAAGCAAACAGAUCCAGAAUUUAAAAAGCCACACGUGAUCAUAUCUCCAUUCAGUGUUGCCCUCGGACUGCUACAGCUAUCAUUAGGUAAUGUAAAACUUUUUUUGUAAUUGAUAGUUAGUGUAUCACUGUAUUGACUCUGCAGGAAGUGGGAUGCUAACCUAACUGAUCCUUAGUUCAUUUCCUGCAAGAUCUGCGAUUUCUUGGGCAUUUCUCUAGUAUCUUUGAGUAUUCUAUCUUAAGUGUAAUUGUUUUGGGUUGAGUAAGGGGUUGUCUGCACAUGACUAUUUAUAUGUAUAAAAUUAUUUCUGGAUUAAUAUGGUGAUUGACAUCAUAUACCGAGUUAUUUACUAAAGUGAGAAUUGCAUGGAAUUUAAAUUGAAUUCAAAGUGAAUUUCAAAUUUAAGGUUAAAAUUGAUGAACCGGAAAAAUUCUUCCAGUCAACUAUCCUUUUAGUUUGGCUACCUUGGCCUUCAAUUUGAAAUACUCGUUGAAUUCACUGCAAUUCUCUCUGAUAGAGAUUUAUAGACAUGUGCAUUUGUUUUCAAUUUGGACAAAUUUAGGCUGAUCAGUUGGUUCACAAGGGCCGUAUGGACGUAUAACUGAGCAGAAGACUUGUGCAAUGUAGGAGCAUGUACACUAAUUUGCCAAGUUUCAUGCCUUUUUUGGUUCAUUGAGCCAACCGCCACAUGAACAACUUUCACACUACCCUAACAAACUAGAUUUUCAGACAAAAUAAUUCAGCUGAACCCAAAACCCGCCCCCUCCCCCCAUGCAACUCCUCCAUACUCUUUUCCAAAACUCCAUUGUCUCCAGAGACUUCAACAGAUAAACCUUUUGUGUUUGUCCUGAUACAGAGAAACUGUGCAUUCUAUUUUUAUAAUCCCUUUUUGAUCUCUGGCCUGCUCAGUCUUUUUUACAAUAAUCAAUAUUCUUAAGGUAAUUUUGCUACCUAAAAAUAAAUAAUCACUAUAAAAAAUCUUUACUUUCCUAUUAAUAGUGUUAUGUGUAAAAAGCCAGUAAAAUUAAUCUCUCAUUUGUUAUUGUUCAAAACAGAACAUUACUGCAAGGUGAUACUAUCUGUACUAGAGCAGAAACAGUGAUGUGGGCAUCAGGAUUAUUGUUUUUUAAUUUUCACAAACCACUAGCAAAAAUGGGGGAUACAUAAAUGUGUGUGAGACUAGGGUGGAAAGGGGAUCGGACAAUGUAGUAGGAACAAGCAAAAUAUGAUGUAAAAUGUGGGCAAUACUUUCUCUACUUUUAUCAUAUCUUCAAUUUACCCUGCUUCAAUCCAUAUACAAGACAUGAUAACUGCAUCCAACAUAGGGUUCAAGCUCCAGUCAAAGCCAUGAGUAUGAACUUUUACAAAGAGUUUCAAAUUAUGUGCACUCUUACAGACUCCUGUUAAUCAUCAAGUCCUUAUAUCCCUUGAAUUAUUCUAGUCCGGACAGACAUUGUUUUUGGCCACAUGGUGGCACUUGGCAUAACUGAUUUAUCACAAAGCAUUUCAUCAGAUAAUACACGUGGCACUACCUAAAAAUGCAGUAACUAAUAAACACUUUUUUUAAAUCUGGUAUUUUUUUAAAUGCAAUCACAAUACAAAAAUCAUGGACUACUUUUGACCACAGUUGAUAAUGCCAUAGAAAUCAGAAAACAUCAUUGAUCAAAAUCCAGGAUUAAGUUGUGAGAUCUUUGUUAUUCAUGCAUUUUGGAGCCAGAUAUGCCAACGUUAUGAGGUUUUAUAACAAACAAAAUGAUGAUUUUGCUUGCUUUCUUAUUCCAUCAUAGACUAACGAUUAGUGGUGGCAGUAGUGAUAAUGCAAGGAACUAGCCUAUUGUGUUCCAUAUGGACAAAGCUGUGUAUGUUUAUUUAAGGUUAUUCAAAAUGGGUAUUUAAAGGAACACUAUAGGGUCAGGAACAUUACUAUGUAUUCCUGUCCCUAUAGUGUUAAAACCGCCAUCAAGCCCCCCCUGCCCUCCUCCCUAAAUAUAGUAACAUCUUACUUGUAUGCAACUCUGAAGCUCCUGCCUCUGCCCCUGCUUGGCCGAUAUCAUCAGAAGUGAUCAAUCACACUUUCCUAUAGGAUUGGCUGAGCCUAUCAAGGAGAUCAGGGACAGAGCCAGCACAAGCCAAACACAGCCAUUGCAAAUCAGCAUAUCCUCAUAGAGAUACAUUGCAUCAAUGUAUCUCUAUGGGGAAAGUUUAGUGUCUCCAUGCAGAGGGUGGAGACACCAGUGCUGCACUGUGCAGCACUGCCCCAGGAAGCACCUACACUGUGCAGCACUGCCCCAGGAAGCACCUACACUGUGCAGCACUGCCCCAGGAAGCACCUCUAGCAGCCAUCUGAAUAGUGGCCAGUGAAGUUAUCACUGUAAUGUAAACACUGCAUUUUCUCUGAACAGAUAGUUUUACAGCAAAAAGCCUGGAGGGAAUGAUUAUACUCACCAGAACAAACACAAUAACCUGUAGUUGUUCUGGUGACUAUAGUGUCCCUUUAAGGCAUAGUGUAAAUGUUUUUUUCUUGUGUUAUCAGUUUUUGCUAUAUAGUUGUAACAGUAGUUAUUUGUCCUUGAACUAAUUAACAAGGGCUCAUUGGUUAAGAUUUGAUGGCAUUGCUUGCUUAGGGAAGGUGUUUCAGGAGCUCCUGUGCAAACACUUUGUGGUUAAUUAGUUGAAAAUUCUUUCAUGGCUUAUCAAGUCCUUUUUGGUGUUGAAUUCAUUAAGCAUGUGAUGAUUCUGAUUUAAGGGUUGGCAACUCUUGACUGAAGGUACAGGGCCCCUCUUUACUCGAUAAUAGUAAAAGUGUUGUGGAAAGGUAUUGGAACAGUGUGACUGUGGUUGGAUUGGAAUAGUAACAGCCUACUGGUAGCUAUUAAUGUGUCAAUAAUUAUCUAACAAUAGAUUAUAAUCCACCCCAUAUGAAAACAAGUUUUCCAGUUUAAAUUUCGGGAGAAACAUCUCAUUAUAACUCAUUUGCACUUGUUUUGUUUGAAUUUUGAGAAGAUGGUUUUCAGAAUUGCCUGACCCCAUCUUGUUAAAUGACUGUUAUUCGUUUAUUUUAAUAUUAUUUGGGGAAAUGUUUUCUAAUUAUUUUUUUUUAAUUUUAAAUGUAAGAAGGAAAAGGUUUUAUUUACGUGCCAAAGAUGCUGUAGAUAUGAUGAAUCUCACAGCAGGUAGAAAUAAAUCCAUUAAGAUUAUUUCAAACUCUCAGCAGUUACAAAGCACAGAGGGUUUUUGUUGUUGAAUAUCUGUCUUUCUUGUUUUCUCAAGCUUUUUUAGUUUUAUUUUUCGUAUCAAAUUUGAGGGGGCAUACACAUGUUCGGCUUGGGAAAUAAACAAAAAGGCAACAUGUAUCUAUAUAUCAAAAAUUGUAAUGACUCACCCCAAAUAAAGAUCCAAAUAUUGUUUGAAAUUAAUAUCGUAAUAUUAUUUUUAAUUCUGUAACACGAACAAACACUAACAAGCAAUAAAAACCUGUUUUAAGGGGAGAUUGCAGAACUGGGGGAACUCCAGACCCUAUCCCUUGUAUGAACCAGCACAUCCUCAACCGGACUCUGAUGCCUGCAGUAUUCCUUCUUGAUGCGGGACUGUGUUCUGUCCAUGAAGGGUAUAGGAUGAUCUCGGACUGAUUAAUCACCCACCCAUAGCUCCCAAUUACUUACCUUUCCCACCUUGUUGAACCAUUUUGGGAGAAUUAUCUGACUUGUUGUCUACCCCUCUACCCAUACUCUUAAUCAGCUGUUGUGUUGUGUACCUCUGACCACUCACCCACUCUCACCUGCCACGUGGUGGCCAACUAUGGGAAACACUCAGACCAGCUAAUCUCUGUUACCUCUCGUUUUCUCAACACUAUAUAGGCCGAUCUCAGUGCAGACAGCUUGCUCAAUCUCUGACUUAACGUCAAACUCAAUCUGUACUAUGUUUCCAGUUACCUUUUCUAUACCUAAAAAUUGUAGAAAUUUAUAAAAACAAAAACAAAAAAAACCUGUUUUAAUUGUUAAAAAAAAAACUUUUAGAAAUUAUGUCUUAGACAUGACUAGUUAGUCCUGUUUCUAGUAAACCAUCUAAUUUGCCCUGACGGGUCCUUUCAAAUAUAACUAAAUAAAGAGGAGGAGAAGAGAGAUCAUUGCUAAUCUGUGUAAAAGUAAAUUGGAAAUAAUUGGAAUAUCAAGAGCAGGUAAAUAUUAAGUGUUAUGGUCAAUGUCAUAAUACACUGAUUGCUGGUGUUUUUGGUGUUUUUUGGAGCCUAUUUCUAUGAGUAGAAGUUGAGGAUCGAUGGAUUUUAGGUGUCAGUGAUGGACCAUUGUAAUAAUGGUUGUUGUUGAGAUAAUGGUUGCUGUCAGUGGUGUAUUUUGGUUUUGUGCUACCCUAGGCAUAAGAACACCUAGACACCCCCUAAUCUAAAUUUACCCCAAACCUUCCUGCCAAGGGAGCACCUCAUCCUGAUUAAGACCCACCCCUUCCUUUUUUGGGCUCCAUCAUUUCCACCUAAAACACCACCUCUACGUACCAAAUCCUUUUAAACAGACACACUCUCACUGACCCAUACACUCACUUAUUGGCACACACACUGUUUAACAAAAACACACUUUCACUGACAGACAACAUGCCCUCACUGAUACACGUACACUCACUGAUAGACAGUCAUUGUCUCAUACACUAUUUAACCAACACAUAUGUUUACUGACAGACUCACACUUACACGAACAUAGAAACAUAGAAUGUGACGGCAGAUAAGAACCAUUCGGCCCAUCGAGUCUGCCCAAUUUUCUAAUUACAUUCAUUAGUCCCUGGCUAUAUCUUAUAGCUAGGAUAGCCUUAUGCCUAUCCCACGCAUGCUUAAACUCCUUCACUGUGUUAACUUCUACCACUUCAGCUGGAAGGCUAUUCCAUGCAUCAGUUCUUGGACCCUCAUAUAACAGGUGAGGACACCAGGGAAGUCCAAACGGGCAUUUGGGAUGGAAUUUGUUGCUGCCUCCUAAAUAGUGCCUCCCAAGGCAAAUGAUUGUAUAAAUUUAUAUAUAUAUAUAUAUAUUACUCUACCUAUAUACACACAUAGGUGUUUGUGUUUGAGCAGUACACACUCUUUUUGUUAAGUGGGUGUAGGUCUCAUAUUAAAUGGGGGUGGGGGUCAGAGAUCCCCUGGUCUAUUAUUUAAUUGGGGAACUCUGUAAAAUAUGUGUAUUUUUUUGAGAAGAGGGGAUUGGGUCUCUCUUCCCCAAUUCUGCAAAAUAGCCUUACAUCCCCCCAAAAAACUAAAAAGGAAGGGGAAUAAAAUGGAUACAUGUUCCAUCCCCUGUCUGAAUAUGAACUGGAGAGCCUUUGUCAACUUUUAAAUACAACUCAAUCCACACUAUAAACUUACUUACUUUGAAUUGGAACCCUGACAGAUAAUACUUGGCUAUACACUAUAACCCAUGCCCCCCUUUCUACAACUGACUUAAAAGAAAUACCUAAGGCUUUUAACUGCUAAAUAUUUGGCCAAGUGAAGAGUUUGUAAAAGUUUUGGGAGGAGUUUAAUUUAGGGUUAGGGAACAUGGGGUGUUUAGGAUACAGGCAUGUGGAGUUUAAAGGGUUAUGUGCAAAGUACACACCCUUCUAUGAUUGAUAGUAGAAUUGCAGUAGCUGUUAUAUUGUGUGAACCGCUCAGUGCUGUCCCUGCUCCUCCUGCAGGGCACUUCCUGUGUGAGAGGAUGUUAGUGGGCAGAUGGGAAAUGGCACUGGAGGAGCUGGGAGAGAACUGAGUUUUACACCCUCUAUAACUGUUCCUGCAGGUCUGCUGUCAAUCAUAAAAGGCUGACUGGACUACAGAGGACAUUGGACUAGGCUCCGGGUAUUUAUUUCCCAUCAGCAGCCCUCUUAAAAUCCAAAAAGGCACAUUAUUAGUGUUGUAAAAAGGCAAAUAAGUAAAAAGGUGUUGAAAUCUAGCCCUGGUCACACAGUCGGAAUUUCUGAAGCAGGUCUUCCUUUACCUUUUUCCCCCCAUACUUUAUUUUUGAAAUGGCAGUAGCACAUAACAGGCAACACAUGGAGUCAUGUAUAUUAGUACAAUACAACCAAUCAGUAUAACUCCCAUGCAUCAAAUAACAUUUGCACAAUAGUGUAAAGCAAUAUGUAGCAAAUCCAAUCUCUUCCCAUGUCUCAGUACCACACCUCCAAUGUGGACCACCCCUAAUUUUAUAUAAUAAACAAAAAAAACUAAAAACACAUAGAACAAUGAACAAAACACCAUAAGAGAUAUAAUAUUACGCUGGAAACUACACUGUGGUUUUUGGCUGCAGUUGUGUCCUUGCCAUAGGUUUUCAUCAAUCAUUGUCAACCGCAUAUUUUUUUAACAUGGAUACCAUCUAAGAAGAAGCAUAAUUAUGUACAUGUAACUUGGUGUGUGGCAUCUUUUCGAGUAUUUUCAGUAAUUACGACAAUCGAAUUACGAUAGGAUGUGCAACAAAGUAACAGCAUACCAUAGCCCCAGUGAGUUUGGCCGUGCUCCAAUGUCACAGUGGACAAGCAAUAGUACCACUCAAUACCGUUUCCUCCCCUUUCCCUCAGCUCAAUGGAGAAAACUACUAGAAUAUUGGUAUUACCCAUCAUGCUGUGGUGCAGCUUGUAUUAGCUACAAAAUACUCAACGACUUCCUUUUUCUUUAGGGAAUAGAAAAUCCUUCAAAUUGUGAAUGCAUCUUUCUUUUUUCUAGUUUUAAUACUCAUUUUUCUUCCUAUUUUGUGAAUGCAAUCAAUAGUAAUAUCACCAGGAAAACAAGGAGCAGAAAAUCAGAAAGGAAUUAAAAUCAUCCAAAGGGGGACUAAUAAGUGGCAAAAAGGCUGAUUAUAUUAUUUCAUUACACAAAAAAGCUGAUAAAGGGUGACGGAGCCUGGAUGCCAAGUGGAUAAGACAUGCAUCACCUGAGCUCCACUGACCGGGAUUGUUAAACAACAAUUAAACCAGGCCACUAGCCAAUCUGGACUGAUACUGGCGAUUACCCAGACAAGGGGAUGACGGUGCAUCCAGAGAUAACAAAUUUUGUCUAUUUCUUUACUGAAACGCUGACAAUCAGGCUUUCGGCCUACACAAGUGUGGGCAGAGGAGAGACAGCCGCUCUCCGAGUCCUUCACCCGGUGGUGUGAAAAUUGCACCAAGCUGCCCCCCCGGCCCCUCUGGACAGGCUGGGAUCAUCCUGGUCUCCCCCUGACAUACUCCUCACAUACCUGCUGGCUACAAGCAGCAGCUCAAGCUUGCUAAUGCAAGCUCAAGCUGCUGCUAUCACUCCUAAAAUGGCAGCUACUCCUAAGCUACAUUUGCCUGACCAGGCACAAAUUGCGAUGACCCUCCAAGACACAUUUGAAUGUAGACAUGCUUUUUACAAGCUUUUGGGCAAAAUUGGAGGCCCAUGGUACGGAGACACCGCGCCAGAACCAGCAGGAAGAACACAUUAGAGAGCAGCAGGAGGUGAACGGGCCCCUUCUAGGCGAUUCCCCUUGUCAAGCACCUGGAACUGCUCGAUUAUUCCCACCUGGGCUAAAGGCCACCGAGGAUAUACCACCCCUGCAUCUACCACGAGGAUGAAAAACCACCGCUGGCGGCAAUGUAACAAGGGGAGCUUCAGAGAACCCGAGUCUGUGGCCCCACGAUGCCGGUCUUCUACAUAGCCCGGGGCUGGAGGAUCUUCACGCUCAACUCCUGCCUUGACAACAGCCCACAGACAGCCUCCACGCAUCCCAAGCCGGGAAUAGGCUGACGCUGGACUUUCUGGCCAGGGCCAUCCUUAUUCUGACAUCAACAAGCCUGCUAACAUGGCUCAGAGUGUUAUGUUUUUUUUUGUGUCUUUUAUUGUUUAUUUUUCAUAACGUUUCUACUAAUGAUUUUGCUAGGAGUCUUGUCCUAACAUGUGCAAUGCAGCUAUAUUCAGGGAGUAUAGCCUUAGGGGUUACCUUCCUCUAUAAUCUUUGCAUAGUUUAGCAUGUUGCAAUAACUACCCACGUAACUAUAACCUGCAAAAGGUGGAUUCAAUGUCCCUUUCGUCAUAGUUAACUGCACAUCAAGCUUUAUACCUAAACCUGAUACCAUUGUUUUGUCAUAAGCGAUUCCCUAUAAGCCUAGCAUGUUAUAUAUCAAAUAGCGUGCAGUGUCUUUCUGAUGACAUUAUUUGGAUAAACUGCUCACGUUUAAUCUUGUAAUUAUCUGCUAAAUUGUCUUUCUAUGCAUGCAAAACUUUUUAUUACCAAAACAUGUGCUGUAAUAUCGACUGCCCUUCACUGUUUAACCAUGUAUACUACUUCUCUUGCCACUGCUGUUGGGGCAGCGCAAAACUGUUUGUUCCUCUGAUGCACAACAAAAAUUAAAAAUAAAAAUUAAAAAAGAAGAAAAAGACCCCAAUGUGUAAAGAUAGAUUUUACACCUAAAAAAAUGGAUCACUCGCACAAAAUAGGUGCAAAAGUGGAUGUGACAAAUUUUAUACAUAUCUCCCAUUCUGUUUAUGUGUGCUUACUGAAGUAGAGUCUUUUUUUUCAUUUUUAUUUUAGAAUUACAUUUUGUCUGCACAUGUUUUUAGUUUAUUUUUUGUACACAUUUUAUUAACGAUUGUCUAAUAACUGAAAACCUAUUUUCGUCAUUAUAGGAGCUGGGGAAGAAACAGAAAAGAGGCUACUGGAAACACUCCAUCUGAAAUCAGUAAAAUGUCUUCACAGCCAACUGCGCAGAACCCAACACGAGCUGACGAGUUCAAUUAUGAAAAUAGCUAGUCGCAUGUACAUUAAGAAAGGUUUGUUAUCGAUGGGGAUCCCAGUGCCCUGUUCUGUUCUAUAGUACACAUAUCUGUGAGUCAGAAGUCCACAUGUGAUUAUGAUACAUUUAUUAUAAUGCUGUUGAUAGAGUCUAUCAGUUUGUUCUUCAUGGAGUUUAUUUAGCUUUUUCUUAGGUGUGUAUCUUCUUAUUAAAGCCCCCACUUUCAAUUCCACCGAAAUAACAUGUAUCUGUGUAUCGGUGUGUAAAUGUGAGGGAUAAGCCACUGAUAUAUGCCCUGCUACCCCAGUUGGUAAAUGAGGCCCAAUAAUAAACAGUGUGGGGAUUGUUCUGGAAUAAUUGCAUUGGUUUCAUUGUACCCAAAAAGCUAAUUACUGGAUAAGCAGAUCGGGCAUUCUGAGGGAGUUGGUGUUAAAAGGGAAUUACAUGUGUAGGACAUGUAUUCCUGUUCCUAUAGUGUUAAAACCUCCUCCUCCACACCCUCCACCCGUCCCCCCAAAUAAAUUAUAGUAAAAUCUUACCUUUCUAAGAGUCUGCUGCUGCUGCCCCUACCUCUGAUAUGCCUGCUUGGCUGACAUCAUCAGAAGUGUUGAACAAAAGCCAAUCACAAUGCAGUCCCAUAGGAUUGGCUGAGACUGUCAAAGAGGCAGGCCAGUGGCAGAGCCAGCAAACGUCAAAUACAGCCCUGGCCAGUCAGCAUCUCCUUGUAGAAAUUAAUUGAAUCAAUGCAUCUCUGUUGAGAAAGUUCAGUGUCUCCAUGCAGAGGAGACGCUGAAUGUGCAGUGCUGCUUAUUUUGCAGCACUGGCAAAGGAAGCCGCUUUAGCAGCCAUCUGAGGAAAACACCGCAUUUUCUCUGAAAAGACAGUGUUUACAGCAAAAAGCAUGAAGGUAAUGAUUCUACUCACCAGAACAAAUUCAAUAAGCUGUAGGUAUUCUGGUGACGAUAGUGUUCCCUUUAACAAAUAUAUAUAUUCGUGGGGUGUGCAAAGUAUCAUAUAUCAUGUAAAUAUAAAUUCUGGCAGUCACUUCAGAGAAAGCAUACAGAGAAAAGGAGACAUGAAAGAAUGUAUUUAUUUAUAUUCCUUAUUUACAAUUUCUGCCCAGGCUGUGUCUGCACUGAGCUGCAUUAUAAUGACACUUGCUAAAUCUGAAUACAAAUUUAUAUUUAUAAAUUUAAUAGGAUUAUACUAAUAUCAGUUACAUUUUCUUAUUUGAUCCCAUUUGUCUUUACCACAUAAUUUUAAAUAUCUUAUGUAAUAUUAUAAAUAUAAUGUUGGGUGAAUAUAAUGUUGAGUGGGUUGGUUUGUACUUGUUAACCCUGAAAUGAUAAAUCAGAUGAUGUAUCAGGGUAUCGUGCUAUGAAGAUAGUUGCCCAAAUUGUAAAUUUGUACAUACAUUAACAAACAAAUCUCUUUGCAGGUUUUAAGAUUAAAAAAGAUUUUAUGAAAAGAGCUGAAAAGUGGUACGGAUCUAAAACACUUAAUUUAGCAAAGAACAAGGAGCAGAAUCUGGAAUCCAUUAAUGAGUGGGUCAGAAAAGCAACAGAGGGAAUGAUCCCAAAAUUCCUCUCGGAGAUCCCUGCAGAUAUGGUAUUAAUGCUGCUCAAUGCCAUGUAUUUUAAAGGUAAAUUGGAUAAGAGGUUUUUGUGUAAUAAGUACAUGUAGCUUUUACCUGUUGUUAGUCAUGUCUUGGUUAUUAAAAGGAACACUCUAAGUCCCAUAACCACUACAGCCCACUUUAGUGUUUGUGGGGCCAGGAGUUCCUUGGUGCCGUCCCACUGUAAGUACUAAAGCCACUUUAGGACAGUUUGACAACUUAUCUGGGUUCCUCAUAGUGCCCGCAAAUGCAGCACCUGCUUCUGGUCAUCUCCUGCAAAAGAAUCAUAUUCUUUAUUUAUGCAGGGCAACCCUCAUUGACUGGCCAAUGACACACUCCUGAACUGGCUCUACUUUAUUCUAUAGACCCAUCCUGCUUGUCCUGCAAAAAAAAAUCACUGGAUUGUCUGUGGUUGAUCCAGUGAUCAAAUAACAUUAGAAAAUAACAUAUAUACAUGACAUCUUUUAUAUUGAAGGUCUGGGGUAGUUAUACAACUGUAGUGUUUUACUGAAUUAUCCCAAGUUCUCUAGUCUAGAAGUUAAGAGGAUGCUAUUUUGUUGAAAAACUUUUUUUUAAAAAAAACAAAACAAAACAUUGUUUAUUAGCUUUUUGUUCCUGUACAUAACAAGCUAGUUAUCAUGGGUGUGUUUUAUCAUUAAAAAUUUACUAUAUAUGCAGAAGGCCAAUUUAACAUUCUUGCCAAAUACUUUUUAAUAUCCGCUUGAAAAAGAAAAAAAAAAUGUACAUGACUUGGAAAUAAAAAUGUGUUUUAACAAGGAAACAAGUAAACGUUUUUAUAUUUUUUUCUUUCUCAUGGCUGGUUUUACUAGUUCAGUCUUUGCGGAAAAAAAAUUUGGAAGCACAACAAGAAGUGAAACUGCCACAUGUGAGCUAUUAUUAUUUUAUAGUUUAUUCACUACAGUAAACACUAUGCAAGAGUGUGUACUGGGAAAAAUAUUCCAACAAAAAAAAGCAAAAUGCUCCUCUUAUUUCCUCUGAGUGCAGUGAGUAGCCAUUUUGAUAAUCUUUAUAUUUCCAUGAUGCUCAAGUCUUAAACUUGCAAGUUUGCAAUGGAUGGAGGGUUGUCAUGAGUUGCUCUCAUUCUGUCGUUGGGGACUAUCUUGGUGGCAAUUCACCAUGAACCCAGAAUGUUUUUACAUACAUAUUAAAUGUAUUUUCUAAUGUCUAUAUAAUGCAGUAAAACAAUUAGCCAGCACCUACUGCAUGGGGAAGAAGUCCAGACGCCAGGGACCCGUUAAAGCAGAGGACCCAUUGCUCCUAUCUAUAUUACCCUGUAGAUUGCAAUAUCUAUCUGUUAUGUAUUGGGGUGUUAUGCAGUCCACCUUCCAGUAGAUGGCAGCAUAGUGAAGUUAUGCACUUGUUCUGUUGUGUUAGUCUCUCGUGUUAUGUUAUUAUGUGUGUGUACUGAAGUAAAGAGAAGUUCUAUUUUACUACAAUGUCUGAGAGCCAUUUGUGAAUAUAUAACAUGCGAAUACAUUAAACUGGCGACGAGGAUGGGAUGUCAGUAAAUGGACACUGCAGAAUACAUAUACAGGAAAUAAAAUCACCCCGAGUGAGGAAGUAAAACUUUUCUUUUGGAAUUCUAUUAUCUACAAAUAUUUCCAGCAUGGCUUCUCUGGGACACAUGGAGAAAUUUGAUCUGGUUAAUCCAUCCUCAUGGGACUCAUAUGCUGACAGGUUAGUGUUUUUCCUGAAGCUAAUAAGGUGUGUUGCUGCUCUCCGGUGCUGAGCUGGUAGUGAGGCGGCUUUGGCGGUUACUCAAAGUGUGCGCAGCCAGAAGACAUGGCGGGCCGGUCUAUGCAAGCAGCUCGAUGCCCUACAGAUGAACUCUCUCUCACUAACUGCGCCGUUGUCAAUGAGAAAGAUUUCCAGUCUGGCCAGCAUGUGACCGUGAGAACUUUCCAAAAUAGGGGCUGUAUUGAGCCACACUUUGAGAAAUGGGGUUGAGGCUCCUAUUGCGUUUUAUUCACGGACUUUAUCUACUACAGAGAGGAAUUAUGCCCAAAUUGACAAGGAGGCUUUAGCUAUUGUGUCCGGUGUAAAAAAGUUUCAUGACUAUUUGUAUGGGCGGAGGUUUACUAUUAUAACAGAUCAUAAACCUUUAAUGGGUCUGUUCACCAGCAAUAUUCCCACUCCUCAAAUAAUUUCACCACGCAUGCUCAGGUGGUCCCUUAUGCUGAAUGCCUAUGAUUGUGAGUUCAAGUAUCGUCCUGGCAAGGAUAUCAAACAUGCUGAUGGAUUAAGCCGAUUACCUUUGCCUUCUCCUGACUUCCUUGUUCCUCCUAUGUCUGAGGUCCUCAUGUUGGAAUCCAUUCCAAACCCUCCGUUACAUGCAAGUGACAUUGCUUGUAUGUCUGCCAAGAAUCCUUUGCUGUCCUGUGUGCUCAACUGGGUUUGGAAGGGGUGGCCAAAAUCAAAAGUGGAAGACAAGUUCAAACCAUUUGUAGUGCGCCAACAUGAACUAUCUGCCUAUAAAGGGUGCCUAUUAUGGGGAAACAGAGUGGUAAUUCCAAAUGCAGGACAAGCUCGAGUAUUGCAUGCUCUUCAUGAAGGACAUCCUGGAAUAGUUUGCAUGAAAGUUUUAGCCAGAAGUUAUGUUUGGUGUCCUAAAAUGGAUGAAGUUAUUGAAAAGUGGGUGAAGAACUGUGUACCAUGCCAAUCUACUCGUCAUGCUCCACCUAAAGCCUCAGUACAUCCUUGGGAAGUGACUAGAUCACCUUAGUCCCGUUUACAUAUAGAUUUUGCUGGCCCUUUUCAUGGACAGAUGUUUUUUUUAGUUGUUGACUCCUUUUCAAAAUGGUUAGAAGUUGUUCCAGUUACAUCUGCUAUCUCAGUCACAGUCAUAAAGAUUCUAAGGAGUCUGUUUGCUACACAUGGGUUGCCAGAUACAAUUGUGUCUGAUAAUGGAACACAAUUUACCUCAUCAGAAUUCAAACUUUUCAUGGCAAGUAAUCUUUUUCGACAUGUUACGAUUGCCCCAUUUCACCCAUCAUCAAAUGAUCAAGCUGAGCGUAUGGUUCAGACUACCAAAGACUCAUUAAAGAGAAUUAUUGAAGGAGAUUGGAAUCGUAGACUUGCAAAUUUCCUUCUGCAACAACAUAUGACACCAUGCUCAAGCACUGAUAGUAGUCCAGCAGAGCUCCUUAUGAACCGGCGUCUUAAAACUUGUCUGGAUCGUUUACAUCCUGAUUUGACAUCUGAGUUACAAAAGAAGCAAGAAUUGCAAUUCAAUAAGAACUAUAAUGCUUCCACUGUGAGAGUAUUUGCACCUGACAGUGCUGUCUAUGUCAGGAAUUAUGUUUCUGGGCCUAAAUGGAUACCUGCAAAAGUACUUGUGGCCACAGGACCUUUGUCAUACAAAGUUCAAAUUCCUGAUGGUAGAAUAUUAUGAAGGCAUGUCGAUCAGAUUAGCAAAUAACGGGAACGGAGAUUAGCAAAUAGCGGGAACGGAGUGAUGAGAUUGUGCCUGCUAUCGGUCUCAGUCAUACCAGGUUUUCAGUGAUACCAGAUGAUGUCGAACCACUGGGUGAUACAGGUGUCAGUUCUCCAGGAGUUGUUGUUGCAGAACCAGUUCCUUGCGGUCCAUCUGAGAAAGCACAGGAAGAAGGGAUGGGCACAACUGAAGGUCUAGGUGAAGCAGCUCCAAACAUGGUUUUGGGGCGCCCAAGAAGAAAUAUUCACCCUCCCAGUUAUCUCAAAGACUUUGAGGUCUAGGGGGGAGGAGUGUUAUGUAUUGGGGUGUUAUGCAGUCCACCUUCCAGUAGAUGGCAGCAUAGUGAAGUUAUGUACUUGUUCUGUUGUGUUAGUCUCUCUUGUGUUAUGUUAAUAUGUGUCUGUACUGAAGUAAAGAGAAGUUCUAUUUUACAACAAUGUCUGAGAGCCAUUUGUGAAUAUAUAACAUGCGAAUACAUUAAAGUAUCUAAUGUAAGCAUACUUGUGUUAUUUAAGAGGGAUAAAGGGUCAAGAGCGCAAUCGGGUGGAGGGAGUUAGAGUAACGCGGCAACUGGAAAGACCAACUAUCAUAUUUACCUUCAGUAAAACACCCCUCUCCCUUUUAACCACCCUUCCCUAAGCUCUGGGCCAUAGAGCAUUCUAAGCAGCUUACAUGUUAGCAAAUGAGUUUGAUUGUCUCAGAGAUACAUUUAUGCCGACUGCCUUAUUAUAUUCAUUGAAAAGUGUUUUCACAUAUGUCUCUAUAUAUGUUGUCCUCAAUUUAUAUUAUAUCUAAACGGGGCUCUGUCCAACUGUUAUAUCUACACUUAGCAUGCUUUUGGAAUAUUGUCAAUGAAUACAAUAUUACUGCUGUUUGAAUUUUACGCCCCAAAAAAUAAAGAAUAAUUUUUUUUUUUUACAAAAAAAAAACCAAUUAGCCAGCCUGUAUUGCCCCUUUCAGUUAAAAAUUGCUCUAUGAUUGCAAAACUAGAAUAAAUAAUGAAUCGUUUUCAUUGCCAGAACUUAAUUCAGGUAACAAGUCGUGGGAAAAUCAGAUGUAUUUUAAUUGAUUUGGAUCAAAUUCUUUGCCUUCUGUGAUCAUUUAGCUGGAGCACAGAGCACAUGGAUUUUGCAGGCCUGUUGUCCAUCAUGUUUCAAUUUUUCUCCAUUUCAUCAAGAAGUUUAUUUGUUGUAUUACAAAUACACCAUGUUCCAAAUUAUUAUGCAAAUUCUAUUUAAGUGUCACAAAGAUUCAAUAUUUUGUUUUUCAGUUUAACUCAUGGAUGGCAUUGUGUCUCAGGGCUCUUUUGAUCACUGAAAACAAUCUCAGACACCUGUGAUAAUUAGAUUGCCAGGUGAGCCCAAUUUAAGGAAAAACUACUAAAGGAGGGUGUUCCACAUUAUUAAACAGAGCACCAUUUUCAUGCAAUAUGGGAAAGAAAAAGGAUCUCUCUGCUGCCGAAAAGAGUGAAAUAGUUCAAUGCCUUGGAUGAGGUAUAAAAACAUUAGAUAUUUCACGAAAACUUAAAGGACCGCUCUAGGCACCCAGACCACUUCAGCUUAAUGAAGUGGUCUUGGUGCCAGGCCCCUCUAGGAUUAACCCUUUUUUUUAUAAACAUAGCAGUUUCAGAGAAACUGCUAUGUUUAUAAAUGGGUUAAUCCAGCCUCCAAAUCCUCUAGUGGCUGUCUCGUGACAGCCGCUGAGGCGCUAUGCGUGCUUCUCACUGUAGAAAUCACGGUGAAAGGCUAAGCAUCAUAGGAAAGCAUUAUAAAUGCUUUACAGGAACUGAGCUAGCUCGCAGCGUGCAGCUCAUGCUAUCUGCGCGGAGGAGCCCUGGGAGGGAAGCGGAGAGGGGAGGAGGAGAGCUCCCCGCCGGCGCUGGAACAAAGGUAAGUUUAACCCCUUUCCAUACCAUCCAGCCCCGCGGGAGGACCCUGGCGUUGGGGGCUUCCCUCAGGGCACUAUGGUGCCAGGAGCGGUAUGUUUUCCCUGCACCACAUAUGGUCAUCCACAAGCGUGAUCAUCACACUAUUAAGAGAUUUGUGGCUGAUUCAGAGCACAGACGGGUUCGUGCAGAUAAAGGCACAUUGAGGAAGAUUUCUGCCAGAUCCAUGCAUCGGAUCAAGAGAGCAGCUGCUAAAAUACCAUUACAUAGCAGCAAACAGAUAUUUGAAGCUGCUGGUGCCUAUGGAGUCCCACAGACAUCAAGGUGUAGAGUCCUCCAACUGUGCAUAAACCUUCUAUUCGGCCACCACUAACCAAUGCUCACAAGUAGAAACGGCUGCAUUGGGCAGAAAAAUACAUGAAGACUAAUUUUCAAACAGUCCUGUUCACUGAUGAGUGCCGUGCAACCCUGGAUGGUCCAGAUGGAUGGAGUAGUGGAUGGUUGGUGGACGGCCACCCUGUUCCAACAAGGCUGCGACGUCAGCAAGGCGGUGGUGGAGUCAUGUUUUGGGCCGUAUUCAUCGGAAGAGAGCUGGUUGGCCCCCUUUGUGUCCCCGAAGGUGUAAAGAUGACCUCUGCAAAGUAUGUGGAGUUUCUGACUGACCACUUUCUUCCCUAGUACAGAAGGAAGAACUAUUCUUUCCAUAAUAAAAUCAUCUUCAUGCAUGACAAUGCACCAUCUCAUGUUGCAAAGAAUACCUCUGCAUCAAUGGCUGCUAUGGGGAUAAAAGGAGAGAAAGUCAUGGUGUGGCCUCCAUCCUCCCCUGACCUUAAUCCUAUUCAGAACCUUUGGAGCAUCCUCAAGAAAAAGAUCUAUGAGGGUGGGAGGCAGUUUACAUCCAAACAGCAGCUCUGGGAGGCUAUUCUGACAUCUUGUAAACAAAUUCAAGCAGAAACUGUCCAAAAACACACAAGUUAAAUGGAUGCAAGACUUGUGAAGCUGCUAUCAAAUAAGGGGUCCUAUGUGAAAAUGUAACGUGACCUGUUAAAAUGUCUAAAAAGUUAAAAUGUUGUUAUACGUUUGAUUGAAAUAGCUUUUGAUUUCAGUAAAUAUGCUGCAAACAUCAUCUUCAUUUGGAACAUCAUCCCAAUUAUUUUUGAAUGUAUACCUUUUGCUCAUAUAAUGGUUUAAUCACAUUGAUAGCUGUACAGAUAUUGUUGAUUGCUGUGGGGCUUAGCACCUGCAGGAUAAAAUUGCAAAUGAUGACUUGAUGAUAAAAGACAGGACAUCAGAUUGCUUAAAGGACCACUCUAGGCACCCAGACCACUUCAGCUUAAUGAAGUGUUCUGGGUGCCAGGUCCAGCUAGGGUUAACCCAUUUUUUAAUAAACAUAGCAGUUUCAGAGAAACUGCUUUAUUAAUGGUUAAGCCUUCCCCAAAGCCUCUAGUGGCUGUCUCAUUGACGCUAGAACAUGCGUGCUUCUCAUGGAUUUUCACAGUGAGGCAUCAGCGUCCAUAGGAAAGCAUUGUGAAUGCUUUUCCUAUGUGACCGGCUGAAUGCGCGCGCAGCUCUUGCCGCGCGUGCGCAUUCAGCCGGCAGGGCGUAACGGAGGCGGAGAGGAGGCAGAGAGCUCCCCGCCCAGCGCUGGAAAAAGGUAAGUUAUUACCCCUUUCCUCUCCCCAGAGCCGGCGGGAGGGGGUCCCUGAGGGUGGGGGCACCCUCAGGGCACUAUAGUGCCAGGAAAACGAGUAUGUUUUCCUGGCACUAUAGUGGUCCUUUAAGAGUCAAGCUAGGCGACAACUAGUACCCAUGGUCCCAAACUGCCAGGAUCACUUUUAGUGGCUACUCAAUUCAAGGGAUUUUUAAUAAUGGUUGUAAGAAGCACCAAGAUCCCAGUUCAGAUAGCGAAUUAAUAAAACAACAACUUCAGUCAACCUUGGUCUUGGUACAGAGUACUAUAGUUUUUAUUGUGCCUGGUAUGCCCUGGUGCCCCUCAAAUAUAAGUAGUCCAACAGUUUGCUAAUGGUCUGCCUUCUUGCCUGAGGUCUGCCAGACGUAACAAUCCUCUUUAUGUUUGUAGAGACACAAGUUUCUGUUAGGAGCUUCUCUUAGCUCUCAUGAGGCUGUGUGGGACCUGCUCAUUGGCUAAGAGUGUUAGCCAAUGGCUUUCAGCCAAUGAACUAAGCUAUGCACAGUUGAGCUUAGCUGAGAGUUUCUGGUUGUCAUAAAUGGCAGUGAAUGACGCCUGGCACAUCCGAGGUAAGAAAUCAAACUGUUAGCGGCGUACAUUCCGCGGUCGCAGGGGAUCACAGCUGCAACCGGGCCGGUCACUCCAGGGGGCCCCGCUGCCCUGCGGACUCCUGCAACCAGGUGCCUGCCGCCAUGUGUUGCGGCCCAGGCCAUGCAGUAUAAUUGCUGGGGCCACAGGUGAAGGGGCCCAUCGGGUUGCCAAUGCUGUUAGGGCCACCUGAUGGAAAUGAAUUGAAAUGAAUAUCAUCAUCAGAGUGGGCCGAGUAACAGCGUGACCGGACCAACUCUGAUGAUGUCAGACGCUGGGAGGAAUGACUGCCACGGUCACUCCUCCCAGCAACCACCAGAAGCUGCGCGGGAGGAAGCAGAGGGAGUCAGAGUGGGAACUCUGACUCCCAUCAACCUGAGCCACUGGACCCCAGGGAAGUCACCCUCCUGCCCCUAAAAGGUAGGUAAUAGGAGGGUGACUAAAAUAUUUUGCAUGUGUGAGUGUCUCUGUGUGUCUGUGUAUGUGUGUCUAUGUAUGUGUGUAUGUGUCUGUAUGUGUGUCUAUGUAUGUAUCUGUGUGUAUGUAUGCAUGUGUGUGUAUCUCUAUGUAUGUGUGUCUGUAUGUAUGUGUAUGUGUGUCUCUGUAUGUAUGUGUCUCUGUGUGUGCCUAUUUAUGUGUGUGUCUGCGUGUGUGUGUGUGUGUAUGUGUGUCUGUAUGUAUGUGUCUGUAUGUGUGUAUCUAUGUAUGUGUCUGUAUGUCUGUGUCAUUGUAUGUGUAUGUAUGUGUCUGUAUGUAUGUAUGUAUGUGUGUCUCUGUGUUUCUCUAUGUGUCUGUAUAGGGUGGUGUUGGAGGGGAUGGGGUGGAUGGUGGGGCACCAUAGAUUAGUUUUGCAACGGGGCCCCGUGGAUUGUGUGUACGCCAAUGCUUAAAGUGUUCCUUUAAGGUCCAUAAAGUAUAAGGGUAGUCAUCAACAAAGUGUUUUUACACUUUGUGUAUUUCAAAAAACAAAAAGCAUGCUGUAGUGGUUAGCGCUUGUACAAUACUGAUAUAGUCCAAAGGCAGCUCGAUCACCAAAAGCAGAGUUUCUCUUGUCCGAUAGGGGGUAGUAUAAAACAGGAAAAGAAGGUGCAGCGUCUGAAGUGUCCUUUAGGGAAUGUAUACAAUGAUAAAAAGGACUGAUAGUGUAGUAAGCUAAAAACUUAUUGACAUCACUUGAUCAUAUAUAUGAUACUAAGUUUGUCUGUACUUACAACAGCCUGUUCUAUUCGUACGUACUAUAGCCUAGUCUCAUAUCUGUCUUCUAUAUAUAAUAAUUUUUCGUUUGAUCUUCAGAAUAUUUAAAGGACCACUAUAGGCACCCAGACCACUUCAGCUCAAUGAAGUGGUCUGGGUGCUAGGUCCAACUAAGGUUAACCCUGCCUGCUGUAAACAUAGCAGUUUCAGAGAAACUGCUAUGUUUACCUAUGGGUUAAUCCAGCCUCUAGUGGCUGUCUCACUGACAGCCGCUAGAGACGCUUCCGCGCUUCUCACUGUGAAAAUCACAGUGAGAAGAUGCCGACGUCCAUAGGAAAGCAUUGAGAAUGCUUUCCUAUGGACUGGCUGAAUGCGCAUGCGGCUCUUGGUAUGCAUGCGCAUUCAGCCAAUGACAUCAGAAGAGGAAGGAGAGUCCCCAGCGCCGAGAGAGCCCGGCACUGGAGAAAGGUGAGGGUCGGGGCAAUCUCAGGGCACUAUAGUGCCAGGAAAACGAGUUUGUUUUCCUGGCACUAUAGUGGUCCUUUAAAAUAAUCUCAGGUUUGUCAUGUGGUAAACGCAUUACAUUAUUAAUCAUGUUUCCUUUUUUGAUGUAGGUAUUUGGCAUAAUAAAUUUGACCCCAGCAUGACUGUGCAAGAUACAUUUCAUAUAAACGAUGAACUGACAGUCCCAGUGGAUAUGAUGACAGCCCAGAAAUUUCCUCUUCGCUGGUAUAAUCAUGAGCUUCUCGACAGUCAGGUAAAAUGUUAACUCAGAACUGGGAUGGUUUUUGAGAUCUCCACAAAUGCCAAGCAUGCAUUUUUAUAACACAGCUUUUGAUACUAGCAUCAGGCUCUGCUUUAUUAAGGUUUUAGUGAGAUCGUAAAACCUUAAUAACGUUUUGGUGGCUUGUCUGUUUGCCUGCCUGCCUCAGUCUGUCUGUCUGUCUGUCUAGCUAUCUAGCCAUAAAUAGGCCUAUGAAAUUCAACAGCCAAAAGCUGUUUACAUUUUUGACUAUUUGCCUGAUGACUGCAGCCAGGUAAAUAGGGGUCAAUAUUAUUACCACGUUAGUACAAGGGAGUAGUUACACCUCCUCUAUACCCCCACUCACCAUUCUGCUAAACAGCAGCUACUGCAGCCAUUAUUAAUAUACAUAGGGGACCCAGCACAAUUUACACAAUUCUUAGGCAGUAUGUGUGUAUGGAUGUAGGUAUUAGGCAGUGUGUGUUUAUGGAUGUAGGUAUUAGGCAGUGUGUGUGUGUAUGGAUGUAGGUAUUAGGCAGUGUGUGUGUGUAUGGAUGUAGGUAUUAGGCAGUGUGUGUGUGUGUAUGGAUGUAGGUAUUAGGUAGUGUGUGUUUAUGGAUGUACGCGUUAAGCAGUAUGUGUAUGGAUGUAGGUAUUAGGCAUUAUGUGUAUGGAUGUACGCAUUAAGCAGUAUGUGUAUGGAUGUAGGUAUUAGGCAGUAUGUGUGUGUAUGGAUGUAGGUAUUAGGCAGUGUGUGUGUGUGUAUGGAUGUAGGUAUUAGGUAGUGUGUGUUUAUGGAUGUACGCGUUAAGCAGUAUGUGUAUGGAUGUAGGUAUUAGGCAGUAUGUGUGUUUAUGGAUGUAGGUAUUAGGCAGUGUGUGUGUAUGGAUGUAGGUAUUAGGUAGUGUGUGUUUAUGGAUGUACGCGUUAAGCAGUAUGUGUAUGGAUGUAGGUAUUAGGCAGUAUGUGUAUGGAUGUACGCAUUAAGCAGUAUGUGUAUGGAUGUAGGUAUUAGGCAGUAUGUGUGUUUAUGGAUGUAGGUAUUAGGCAGUGUGUGUUUAUGGAUGUAGGUAUUAGGCAGUAUGUGUGUUUAUGGAUGUAGGUAUUAGGCAGUGUGUGUUUAUGGAUGUAGGUAUUAGGCAAAAAACUUUUAACAACUUUAAUUUCCUAGGACAAAAUGCAGAAACUGUUCUCUAAUAGCAGUUGUUUAUUUUACUUGUAAAUCUGACUCCUAUAUAUCCGUUGUUUACUUGAUUGAGUAUAUUUAUUGGUGACUUUCAUUUAGGUGGCCAAGUUACCUUUCAAAGGAAAUAUGAGUUUUGUUGUUGUUACACCCUUUCAAUUUAAAUGGAAUAUUUCCAAGCUCCUGGACAACUUUAAUCAAAGUGACAUCUACCAUCGUUUCCCAAGGCCAAAGCAAACUUUGUUUAGAAUGCCAAAACUAAAUCUGGACUUUAAACUAGAGCUAACUCAGGCUCUGAGCAAUCUUGGUAAGAACCAAUAUGGCUACAUUUAAGAUGUUCAUCUCUGUAAUGUGACUGAAAUUUAGAACAGUAUAUUGGCAUAGCCUUUCUCCAAAAGAUAUUAUGAAUAACUGUUAUCUAAUUAUUACAGAAAAGUGGCACAUACAGUUAAACAUAUAACUGGUUUGCGUUUACAGGAACAGUCCGUGCACCAUAGCCACUAACUAGAACCACUAUAAGCCCUAGUAUCAUUAUAAGCAGUCAAACCACUUUGAUGUAAUGUGUGGGAUCUGCCUGGUGUUGUUUCCCAUCUCUUCUCAGCCUCCAGAAGAGCCAGCAUAUCUUGUAGAUUCUAUAAGCUAUUCUGAACUAAGUCCUGCAGUGUAAAGGAGGUUCAUUAGUUAAAAUCAUUGCCGGGCAGGGGCGAACCUAGAGCAUUUGGCACCCGGGGCGGAUCCCUGGCCCCCCCCCCCAAAUAAAAAACCUGUAAAAAAUGUUACGUUUUUUUUUUUUUUUUUUCACAAUUUGUAAACUUUGCAGAACCGCUGUCAGCCCCUCCUGCAAAGCCCUUGUCCUGCCCCGCCCCCUCCUACAAAACCCCUGUCCUGCCCCCUUCUACAAAUCCUGUACUGCCCCCAUCUACAAAACCCCCACAAUCCCCUUCCACAAAUCCCCUGCUUAUCCCCCCUUAUAAAGACUCCUGUCCCAAUACAAAACCCCUGCCCCCUUCUACAAAAUCCCUGCAGCCCCACGCACACAUUUACAGGCAGACAGUCACACACUCAGUUACAGACAGUCACACACUCAGUUACAGGCAACAUCAAACAGUCACAGGCAGACAGUCACACAUACAUAGUCACAUGCAGUCACACACACAGUUAUAGGCAGACAGUUACACACACAGUCAGUUACAGGUAGUCACACACAGUCAUAGCCAGACAGUCACGCACAAAGUUACAGACAGACAGUCACAUAUACAGUCACUCACUCACACACACAGCCACAGGCAGAGAGUUACACACACUGCCCCGUCUACAAAACCCCCACAAUCCCCUUCCACAAAUCCCCUGCUUAUCCCCCCUUAUAAAGACUCCUGUCCCAAUACAAAACCCCUGCCCCCUUCUACAAAAUCCCUGCAGCCCCACACACACAUUUACAGGCAGACAGUCACACACUCGGUUACAGACAGUCACACACUCAGUUACAGGCAUACAGUCACACACAGUUACAGGCAGACAGUCACACGCACACAGUCACACAUGCAGUCACAGACAGUCAUGCACACAGUCACAUGCAGACAGUCACGUAUACAUUGACACACACACACACAACAGCAGCAGACAGUCACAUCCACACAGUCACAGACAGAUAUUCACACACGGUUACAGGCAACAUCAAACAGUCACAGGCAGACAGUCAGGCAGACAGUUACACACACAGUCAGUUACAGGUAGUCACACACAGUCAUAGCCAGACAGUUACACACACAGUUACAGGCAGACAGUCUCACACACACACAUACACACACACACACACAGUUACAAGCAUACAGUUACACAUACACACAUACACACAAAGUUACAGGCAGACAGUUACACACAGACAGUCUCACACAUACACAUGCACACACACAUUUAUAGGCAUACAGUUACACACAUACACACACAAAGUUACAGGCAGACAGUUACACACAGACAGUCUCACACACACAAAUACAGUUACAGGCAGACAGUUUUACACACACACAGUCACACAGACACACACAGACACACACUCUUACUUACAGACAGUGGGCUGGAGGAGGACUGGAUUCCCUGAAGUCCUUCCCUGAAGUCUGUGGAGAAGCAGGUAUUCCAUCUUGCUGCACCUCCUAACAGCAGCGGGUAAGGGCCAUAUUAAGCCCUGCCCCCGCUGCCGGUUUGGCUCCGCCCACGUUUUUGCUUAUCUCCACCCCCACUUUACCUCCGUGCGGCCAGUUCAGCAGCUUGUGUGAGCUGUUCUGGCCGCCCCGGCACCCUAACUGCCAUUGGGGGGGGUACUGUGCGGCCGUACAGCUCACACAGCCCCCUCCAGCUCCCAGACCAGGUCAUGGCACCCCCCACCCUGGUGGCACCCGGGGCGGACUACCCCCUCCGCCCCCCCUUAGUACGCCACUGUUGCCAGGUUUAGUUCAAUUCUAAAAUAGUUUGAUUACUUAUAUAAGGAGGGCACCAUGGCAUUCUGAAGUGGUUAUGAUGCUUGUAGUUUUAAUUUAAACACAAUUUAUCUGGCACAAAAAUUAAAAGUAAAGGGUGUUAAAUUGUUUUCAAAUAAUCUUUUAGAUAAACACAAAUGUACAUGGACGGUGUUAAAAUUGAAACUGAAAAUCUUGUCUUUUUUGCUAUAUAUGUAUAUAUAUUUUGGCUACCCUUAAUGCUUUUAAAAAGCUCCCCAGCAAACAUUGGGGGAGGGGGGACCUACGUCUGACAUUGACAUCCCAUUGGCCAGCCCCUCUGUGAUGUUUGGCUGUUCGUCCCAAUUCUAGUUGACACUAGUCAACUAAAAAAAUCCAUUUAAAAAUCCCACACACACAGAUGUUGAAGUCUUCGGUGUCAUGUUAGAGGUGACACAGUUACAUUAGAGCAGGGAGAAGACAGACACAUGCAUGCAAAUAGUGAAUGUUAAAAAUUAAAACACAAAAUAGAUUAAAUAUUUUAUAACGGAUUGGAACUGUAAAUAAAUGUUUAACUUUUUGAUGGUAGUGAUCAUUUAAUUGUGGUUUACUACAAUCUCGAAAUUAUGAAAGUAUACAUAUACAUAUCAUUUAAGAUCAGGGCCAGCCCAUCCGGCUCCAGGUGACACUUUUACAGGGGUGGCAUUUUGCCACCCCUGUAUACUGUAAAGUGCCUGCUAUGUUGCCUGGGCCAGCUAUGCAUAUAUAUAGUGAUUACCGCUCUAUAUAUAUAUAUAUAUAUAUAUAUAUAUAUAUAUAUAUAUAUAUGCAGCUCUGGGCCCCCGCUUCCUUGUCCUGUGGAGAGGGGGCCCAGUGGUCUGAUCUUCGCCUCCUGCAGCUUCAUAUCUGCUCGUCUUAUAACACCGCGAGAGCAUUGCAGUGGAUUAUCAUGGCAACGAUCAGGCAUGCAUAACGUGCCUCACGGUGCGUUGCCAUAGCAACCUGUGGCUCGCAAGUGCAGAAGACAUGAAGCUGCAGAAGGAAGAUCAGGUCACUGGACCCCCUCUCCACAGGACACAGCAAAAUGUGCCACUGGAUCACCAUGGAAACUAGUGCCCCCCUGAUUACAGGUAAGAGGCAGGGAGGGGGAAAUACACUAUAUCAUACUUAAAAUAAAAUUUAAAAAAUCACCCUUCACAGCCCCACUACACACACUAUAUGUACUCCACACAGACACACAUACAAUGCACACACUACAUACACUACACACAGACACUGCAUUCACUACAUGUACUACACAAAGACACACAUACACUGCACACACUACAUGCACUACACAGAGACAGAGCAUCCAUUACAUGCACUACACACAUACACUGCACACACUACAUGCACUACACACAGACACUGCCUUUACUACACACACUACAUACACUGCAUCAACACAUACACUGCAUCCACUACACACACACUCUGUAUCCACUAUACACAUGGAUACAAUGCAUUCACAUAGACACUCUGUAUCUCCGGUUGUGUACGAGGUUUGGGGGGAUGGGGGGGGGUGCGCAGCAUUUCACCCUUCGACCCAGGCAGCACAAUGUCUUGGGCCAGCUCUGUUAAAGAUGACAGAUAAGCUCUGUAACAAGAGCGAGUGAAUUUCCAAACCCUUGCAUUGGAAGGAGAUGAAUUUUGAAAGAACAGAUAAAAUAUACUUUUCUGACCCAUAUUUAUUCAAGUUAAUGCUUAUUAGAGACAAAACAAAUCAUAUAACGCUUUGUGCAAAAUGAUGUUUGAAAUAAAUCAGCAAUUAUUUUGACUACUAGUAACCUCUUUACUUGUUUUAUAGGACUUGGCCAAUUGUUUUCAAAACCAGAUUUAAGUGGAAUUUCAGAUGAACCAUUGUAUGUAUCCAGCGUUCAACACCAAUCUAAUCUGGUGCUGAAUGAAGAAGGGGCCCAAGCUGCUGCAGCCACCGCAGUAAUUACAUCUCGUUCCCUCGCCUCUUAUAGCAUCAACCGUCCUUUUCUGUUUUUCCUUUUCGAUGAUGCAACACGUCUGCCACUGUUUCUGGGAUAUGUUCGUAACCCUAGCCCUGAUUCCUAUUACAAGAAAAAGGAAUUAAAUUUCCAGAGCAAUCCAGACAAGGGUUCCAUACCAAAAUAG